GGUUUUAGGCAAAAGAUAUUAUUGCAUAUACUGUCUUCUCUCAACUCAGUACGAAACCUCGCCGUAAAAUUAAUGGCGAAGACUAGUACUUUUGCAGCUCUACCACUCACCAACUUCAAAUCGCCGUCGCUGUUCCGUGUCAAGAACUCCUCUUUUAUCAGUUUCACCGAUACCCAUUUUCUCCGACAAUCGAAUUCGACGAGUAUCGUAAGAUCUUCAACUCUCAGAGGAAUUGGGUUCGUCUCAUGUUCUUCGGUCACGGACGAAGCUUCUUCUGAAGAGCUACAAGUUCAAACCUUGACAUGGAAGUGGAAAGGUUACUCGAUAAGAUAUCAAUGUGCUGGAACCAGUGGCCCUGCCUUGGUCUUGGUUCAUGGUUUCGGUGCUAACAGUGAUCAUUGGAGGAAGAACACACCUAUUCUUGGGAAAACACAUAGGGUGUACUCUAUCGAUCUUAUUGGAUAUGGAUACUCCGAUAAACCGAAUCCUCGUGAGUUUGGUGGAGAACCAUUCUACACUUUUGAGACAUGGGGUGAGCAACUCAAUGAUUUCUGUCUUGAUGUGGUCAAAGAUGAAGCCUUCUUUAUAUGCAACUCUAUCGGAGGACUUGUUGGUCUUCAGGCAGCAGUAAGUAAGCCAGAGAUAUGCAGAGGGCUUAUGCUUAUUAACAUAUCACUCCGCAUGCUUCAUAUCAAGAAACAACCAUUGAUUGGAAGACCUUUCAUCAAAUCAUUCCAGAAUUUACUUAGGAGUACUCCGAUUGGAAAAUUGUUUUUCAAGAGCAUUGCUAAACCAGAGACAGUUAAAAGCAUUCUUUGUCAGUGUUACCAUGAUAGCUCGCAAGUGACUGAUGAACUAGUUGAGGCAAUACUACGUCCAGGGCUUGAGCCUGGUGCCGUUGAUGUCUUCCUUGAAUUCAUCUGUUAUUCCGGUGGACCGCUUCCAGAGGAUUUACUCCCACUGGUCAAGUGCCCGGUUCUAAUUGCAUGGGGAGAGAAAGAUCCAUGGGAGCCAAUUGAACUUGGACGAGCAUAUAGCAAUUUUGACGCAGUUGAAGAUUUCGUUGUUCUUCCUGAAGCCGGCCACUGUCCUCAGGACGAGAAACCGGAGGUGGUGAACCCACUUAUUGAAUCAUUCGUUGCGAGACAUUAAAAGUCCAAUACAUCAUCGGUCCAGACUAGAACUGUCAAUUGGGCGGGCCGCCCGUGGGCUUGUCCAGUCCAAAUACAAACGGGCGGGUUUUGGUCUGUACCAAUAAAAAAUUGGUCUAUAUGGGCAAUGAUAGAUUUUGUCCGCAAACCAAAUGGGCUCUGACCAGAUGGACAUUGGUCGUGCCCAAAUUUAUAAAAUUCUAGGGUUUUUAAAUUUGGGGAAAACAGAUUUUUAAUUUCUCGUCUCAUCUUCGAAUCGCUCUCUCUUUGAAUCGCUCUCUCUUCAUCUUCAUCUCAAUUCGUGAUUGAAGGGUUCCUGGGUUUGUUCCGCUUGAGGCUUGAAGCUCGGUUCCUUCUUCAAUCGGUGUUCUAAGUUCUAAGUUAGAACUUCUAACAAUCGAUUCAUAGAUACUCUCUUCUUUGUCAAUCUCAUCGCAAUUCGCAACCAUGAUCAUAUCAGAGAAGAAUCGCCGUGAGAUCUCCAACUCCAAGUACCUCUUAUAAUACGGUCAGUUGAUUUUGGUUUGUUGAUUUUGUUUUAUUGUUGAUUUUGGUUUGUUGAUUUUGGUUUGUUGAUUUUGUUUUAUUGAUUUUGGUAUGGUUCAGUUUAAAAAUUUGAAUAUGGUUCAGUUUAAAAAUUUGAUAUGGUUCAGUUUAAAAAUUUGAAUCUGCUCUCAUAUUGGAAAGACAAUUCAGAUCGUUUUAAGGAGUUAGCCUUAAUGGCUUGUGAUGUUCUUAGUAUACCUCUUACAACUGUGGCUUCUGAAUCCGCCUUUAGCAUAGGGAGUCGAGUACUUAACAAAUAUAGGAGUUGCUUAUUACCCUCCAAUGUGCAAGCUCUCAUUUGUGCAAGGAAUUGGGUUCGGGGUUUUGAAGAACUUGGUGAUGAGUUUGAGUUUGUUGAGGAAGAAGGGACUAUUGUGGCAGUGUAAUUUCCUCUACACAGUAGUGGUUCUCAAUUACUCAUCAGUCGGAUUCAUGGUUUUAAGCUUACACGAAACAAUCAUUGCCUUCAAGAGUGUAUAUUACAUUGGAACAGUUAUACCUAUCGCUGUGCUUCUGCUGAGCUAUUUAGUUCCUGUGAAGCCUCUAAGACCAAAGACGAGAAAAGAAGAAUAAUGUUAUCUUUUAAAAACAGCGAAGUUUUUUUUUUUUUUUUCCCUUGGUUUUGUUUAUGUUUCUUACCGUUUAUGUAUAACAGGAGAAAUUAAGAUCUGAUUUAAUUCUUCUCUUCCCAAUUUUUGAUCAAAACUCUGAUUUGUUUUCA